AUGGCAUCGGUGUCCGAUGAAAUACCUUCUAUGAAGAAGAAUGAAGUCAAAUCAUCGCCGGCAGCAAAUAAAGCUUCUGUAGAAAGUGGUAAACUAAAAUCGGUUAAAACAAAGUCAUCGACAAAAAAGACUGAAGAGAAAAUAGAACAAGUAGAAGAAAAACAAAAGCAACCUUCAACUUCGGCACCAACAGAGUCUAAUAAUUCAUUAUCUACUAAAUCUGACGUGGAAGAAGGAUCAACUUUUAAUCCUUCAAAAGAAAUCAAAGAAGAAAAUCAUGACAGCAAAAUUCAAGAACCAAAAAGUCAUGAUAACAAACCACAAGAACAAGAAAAUCAUGACGUUAAACCUCAAGAACAAGAGAAUCAUGACGUUAAACCACAAGAACAAGAAAAUCAUGACGUUAAACCUCAAGAACAAGAGAAUCAUGACGUUAAACCUCAAGAACAAGAGAAUCAUGACAUUAAACCUCAAGAACAAGAGAAUCAUGAUAGUAAACCUCAAGAACAAGAAAAACCGGUACAAAAAGCUCGUUCUGUUAAUUUUGCUUCAACAGCAGCUGUUGAUACGGACGCACCUAAAUUACGUCCAUCAAACUCAUUCAAUACUAGAUCUUCUUAUUCACCAUCAAAACCAUCACGUCAAGCAAUUGAUUUUAUUGACACAUUAGUAGAAAGUUAUAGACUUGAAACAUCGAAUAGUACGUUGCCAAUACAAGAAACAAAAUAUGUACCAAAAACUAGCCGCUCACGUAUUAAUCCCAAUUGGCGUGAACAUCGCACACGGCGAUUAAUGAAUAGAUUAGAAGAAUUAAGCUUAUGGGAUCGUGAAGAAGAAUUAAAAGCAUCACAAGCUCAAGCAUUACGAGAACAAAAAUGGGAACAAAUACUAGAUCGCCAACGCAAUCAUGAUUUAUGUUUAUCACUAAUGCGUCAACGGCAUGAAAGUGAAAUGGAGAGUGCUAUUAAAUUAGAUCCUGGAGUGACUGGUAUUAAUGAUGAAAAUACAAGUGCAACAAUAGCAAAUGCAGUUAAUUUAUCAAUAGCUCUCAAUGGUUUUACUAAUGAUGUACCACCAACACCGCAAUCACUUAAACGACGUGUUCGACAAGAUGAAGAAAAAACAGUUGAAUUUAAAACACCUAUUGGUCGUUAUCGACAAUUUGAAAAAAACAUGACUAAUAAACUUGAUAAAAUUAAUCAAAAAUUAAAACCAGAUCGUGAAAUAAUGAAUGCAUAUAAUCCAAAUAGUAUAUCACUAUCAUCAGCAAGUGUACCAUUAUUUAGUGAAACAUAUUCAGCAUUACUUUCUGUACCUGAUACAUAUUCAUCAAAUAAAUACAAUCAGUAUCAUUAUGGUGUUGCUUCAUAUUUACAUCAGCCAUAUCAUGCAUCAAGUCCUGAUUUUGAAACACGUCUUCGAUCAUAUUCAAAUCGUGAUGUACGUGUACCAUUGAAAGAGCAAGCCAAUGAUUAUAGAGAUUAUGAUGAUGACAAGGCAGAUGAAUAUAAUCGUUCAAAUCUCAUUGAUAAUAGUCAUUAUACUAAAUAUCGUUCAAAUCCGAUUGAUAAUGAAUCUCAUAAGAAAUAUCGUUCAAACUCAACCGAUGAUGGCUACUAUUCAAAACAUCGUUCAAAUCGUAUCGAUGAAGAUUAUGAUUCUAAAUAUCUUUCAAGUCCUAUUGAUGAAGAAUAUACUCUUAAAUAUCGAUCGAAUCCAAUCGAUGAAGAUUAUAGUCCAAAACAUCGAUCAAAACUUGUAGAUGAUGAAUAUGAGCCAAAACAUCGAUCAAAACUUGUAGAUGAUGAAUAUGAGCCAAAAUAUCGAUCAAAGCUUGCGGAUGAUGAUUAUAAUCUUAAAUGUCGAACAAAGCUUGCGGAUGAUGAUUAUAACCCUAAAUAUCGAUCAAAACAUGUCGAUGAAGAAUACAAUCAUAAAUAUCGAUCGACUCCUAUUGAUGAUGAUGACGAAGAUUAUUAUCCUAAAUAUCGAACAAAGCCAAUUGAUGAUAAUUAUUAUACAAAAUAUCGUUCAACAUUAGCAUCAAAAUUAGAUUAUAGCCCACCAAGACGAACAACUAGUUUAGUAUCCGCAACUGCUUCAGCAUUAUAUGAUCCUUCAACAAUACCGACUACGCCACGUGAAUAUUCUCUAAUUCAUUCACGUCCACCAGCAUCAAAAAGUAUUCAUUUGCGAAGUUUGAAUGAUGAUCUUAAUGCUAUAACACGUUUUUCAACAGAAACAAGUAAGAAAAUUUUACAAACUAUUGGAGAUUCAACAAAUGAUUCAUCGAUUAAAUCUCUUUCAUCAACCAUAGCACCAAAAAAGUAUGCAAGUAUUCGUACUCAAGAUUCUGACGAUGAAAAUAUUGAUUAUAAUUCAUCACGUAAUUAUUCAUCAAAAACAACGCACAAGCCUACAGAAAUUAUAUCGCUUUCAUCAACACGAUAA